UACUUACGCGAAGAAUCCGACAAAACUGGCGCGACUGGCCUCAUUAGCGGCGGCUUCUUGGACGAAUUAUGCGCUCUUGUCAGAAAUCCCAGCAAAGCAAAAUUCAUUGAACAGAGUUUCCCCAAAGAGUUCGAGUUGUCCCAGGGUCCCUCGGAAAUGCCGCCCUACUUGAAACCGAAACUUCUCCCAGAGUUCGCCAACUGCGAUCAUCUGCCGGCAGCAGAGGCAAUAGUCCGUGGUCUCUCGCAGAGCGAUCAAAUUGGAGCCGUGAUUCACACAUUUGGUGCAAAGAUCAUUGUUUGGGAGAUGAAAAGUCAGCCAUUCACAUGGGGAAAGCUCAUUUUACGCCGUUACAACGAUAUGGAGGGCGUCGAAGAACUCACACGAGGCCCGAGCGAAGCCAACCCAGAACCAACAGGGCAUGACCACAUACUCCCUAACCGGGCUGCGCAUCGGAACGUUGAUUCGUAUUCAUCGAAGGCUCGAACAGCUAUUAUUUGCCCUCUUACUAUGUAUAGUCCAUCUAGGUUCCCUGUAUUUACUACCUCGAUACAAAUCCCCCAACUGUGGAACGUUAUACUUCAGCUCGGUCAAGCCUUUACGAUCAACGGAAAUGCAAGCAAUUGGAACAAGAUCUAUACCCAAGAAAUUUCUCUCUUGUACGUGUUGCUCCCGGAAGCGGCCGUUGACGGGUAA